AUGUCCGAUGGGGGAUCCGGGGCAUGGCUCCCUCGUCUCGCUCGGUUUCGUUCGCCCCCAUCCCGACAGUCCCGAGGCUGGCGCCCAGUUGCCCUGCGACCGCCCUAUCUUGUUGCUCUCAUAUGUUUGAUGUUGACGAUUGUAUUGUGUCUGGAAGGGCUGCGACAGUAUAGCGACCGAGAAGGAGGACUGGCUUUCUUUCAAUAUACGGACGAUGUCUCCUCCAUCCAAUCCUUUGCCUACAACUAUCUGCCCAUCAUUGUCUCUCUCGUCCUGGUCGUGAUAUGGACCGUCACCGAUUUCGAUGUCCUCCGCCUGGAGCCGUACUUCCAGUUAUCUCGACCCGAGGGAGCUCCGGCGACCGUGCUUUUCAUCAACUAUAACUUCGGUCAGACUGUUCUCACGCCGAUCAAUGCCGCCCGCCGCCGCCACUGGGUCGUGCUAUGGGUCUCGUUUGUGACCCUCUCAAUUCGAAUGAUUCUCCCCGCUUUGCAAAGCACAGUCUUCGAGUUACGGGAGGUCACUGUGACAAAUCAUGGAUCUAUGAAAAGUUGGCCGCACUUGGCGAAUUUGGACACACAAGAGCGGUGGAUGUCCACGCAGGUCAACAACACCGUCGACUCUCCACUUUCUUCGGACGAGCAACUGCGGCGCACCCGAUCCUCCAAAUUCGCCGUGGCACCCGUGGAAAUUCCAGGCACCUCUCAGGAUGAACGUACAAUGUGGGCUCUGGAUCAAACGCUGUACUGGGCGGAACUCUCGUGUCAAAACGUUCUCGUUGGUGACAAGCUUACUGUCUCUAUCGAUGACCCUCAGGCCGCAUAUCCCAUGAUCUCCUGGAGUGCCACGGGCAUCGAUUUGGGUGCUACAUACGGAGGCGCGGACCAGUGUACUCUGGGGUUUCAAUACGAGAGCGUCUAUUUCCCGGCCACUGAUUACCUUCAAGUCCGCUAUUGGGAGCCGGUGAUUAGCGAUGCAGCCAAAGAAGCCUUUCCAAAUAGAACACAGGCCUUCACGGCAUCCGGAUGCGAUCCUUACGACCUGUAUGGCAUGAUAAUUGGCGUGAAUGCCACGACCAAUUCCUCCUCGACUGAUUACUCCGUUUCGGGAGCGGCCUUCGCUUGUGACAUCACCUAUCAUCAGGCGGAGGCACGCGUGUUGAUGCAUUCCAACAGUUCGAUCACAUCUAUCAAAAUUGAUCGCGGUACUACCAGGAAUCUGACGGCGACUGAGUUCAACAUCGAGCACUUCCAGGCCCUGCUGUCACAGCGCGCCCCAUAUACAAGUGACAUGCUGUUUAUACGCGAGAACGCUACCACAGGGGACCGUACGAUCACAGAGUUACCAGUCAUCAGCCAGGAACUGGGUGAUCUUCAGCCUCUUCUGGUACUGGACACCUCGGCUGUGAUGACAGAGGCUGAGCUUAUAUCCAAAAUCGAAAGGGAUGUGAAACAGACGUUUGUAUUCACCCUCGGUCGCCUUUUCGACCCAGAAACCAAACCAACGAUAAUUGCAGCCACCCGCCUGUCGAAGCAGGUCGCGAUCGCAGUCGUUGACUUCGCCGCUCUGUGGUCCGAGUUCAUUCUCAUCCUGGCGACGUUGACUGCUGUAUACCUCCUGUACAUGUACCAUUCACGUGAAUUGUUCCUCAAAAGCGAUCCUGGUUCGAUUGGUGCGAUGUGUAGCAUCACAGCAGAUGUAUUUCACCCUUCUAACAUUCUGGCUGAGCCAGUGGCAGAAUUCCAUCAGUUCUCCACUCGUCAACUCCGUCGUAUCUUCAAAGAUGCCCGGUGUUACUGGCGACCGGGUCCUUCUGGGAACCGCUUGGAGAUUCUUGCAGAAGAUGGCUCCCCUGUACAGCUUGGAGAGAACCUCCAGACCCAUGUUGAUCCUAUGCCGCAUUUCUUGGUGAUCCCUUUCUUUUUGGUAGAAUUCCUUGCAUUGGCUGGAGUAAUCAUUCUCAUGGGCCUGGUCGUCGCCUCCCUCCUACGUGAUGGUCGCUUUCGCCAUCUGACACAGUCAGACUCGAGCGCAUUCCAAGUCGUCCUGUCAUUCUUACCAUCUAUCAUCGCAUCUUCUGUUGGAUCGUUGUGCACCUCCAUCCAUCGAAACUUGAGCGUCCUGGAGCCCUGGGUGCAUCUUCAACGGGGCAAUGCCUCGGCACGGGCCUCAUUAUCCCUCAACUAUUCGUCUCAGAGUCCCUUUGCGAUUUUUAUCAAGGCUGUUCGUGACCGUCAUAUCCUGCUGGGUCUGGUUUCCAUUGCUUGCGUCAUGAACAUGGCCCUGACAGUCGUUGCCGGUGGACUGUUCACCCAGCAAAUGACAACCACAACAUUGGACACCAAAGAUUUGACAAUGAACUACAGCCAAUCCACCUUCUGGCGAAACGACUUCGCAGCUGAAUUCACGGAAUAUGAUUUGAUUCAAACCAGCAUCACCAGUGGAGUCCCCAUGCUCUCGUGGACUAGUCCAAACCAGUCCUUCAUUCCCGUUCACGUGAACAACCGCAGUCCAGAUGUAACUUAUGGUGCAUCAACCCUUGGCGUGGGCACUAAACUGGAGUGUCAAGCCCUCUCAACAAGCGACCUUGUGCAAAAUAGUACCAAUGGCCACCAAUUUUGGCGAUACAGGUUAUUUGACAAUUCAUCCAUGGAAUGUCUCGCACGCAUGCCACCCCUGAAAAGCAAAGAGGAAGGCAUCGCUCUGUCCAUUCACUUUCUUUCUCCUGAUGAUUUGGAUCAUUCGGAUGUCUGUCAGACCUCGACAGUGCUUGUCGUUGGUCGUUGGGACUAUCUUGCAGACACCCCCAUCACAGACAACAAUACCAUUGCUUUGCACUGUGAACCCUCUGCCCAAUUGCAGGAAUAUUCUGUCGCUUUUGACCAGAAAGGUCAAAUCAAUUGGCACGAGCCUUUGCCUAACACGUCUAUCCACCAAGGAACCAUGUACGACAAUGCCACAGUCAGCCUUGGUCAGUUCAACAAAGUCUUUGCUGCUAUCCCUAGUAGCUACAUCGGCAACACUACCAUGCAGAAUGGCACCUACAACAUUUCCUCGUACGAUUGGGCAGGUUUCCUGGUCGCCCGUCUCUAUCAGCGUCAGGAUCCUGAUUUUGAUUCUCUGGACUCGGGUCUUUUGACCGACAUGACUCAAACCGUGUACCAGUGGGUCUAUAGUACUUACUUCUCUAUCUGGCGUGAUAUAUACCUGGAGCCGCUUGCUCAGCCAGUCUUGGCUACAAAUGCCACCAUCACCAGCAGUACUUGGCAUAUGGCCCCGUCAGCUCCAUCACUUGCUAUUGCCUUGACUAUUAUCGCUUUUGAUACCAUCGUCGUUCUCUUGGUUUUUGGGACCCGCCGUGGCAGGUUCCGGGGCCCUAGAAUGCCUCGAUCGAUUGGCGCUAUCAUUCCGUGGAUAUCACAUAGCCAGAUGCUUCACGAUUUCGCGGACACCCACACCUGGAGUAGUGCGAAACGACAUGCACAUAUCUCGGCACUCAACAAACGCUAUGGGUUCCGUAUGUUCAUGGGUGCUGACAACCGCUGGAGAUUCGCUGUUGAUCAGGAACCGGGUCCCCCCAAACCCCCAGAUUCUGUGGAAGACGACCCGGAAGUGGAUGUUGAUAAGACCACUAGCAUUCAAUUGCAGGAGAUCUCAAAUCCACAACCUCCAAGCCCGCACUGA